CUGCCGGACGGUUGUGGUAGUGCUCGAUAGGGGUUGCUGCUGUUAUCUUCCACCUCAAAAAAUUGGGAAAAACAAACAACACAACCCAAAUACUAACACAACUCUAGUGAAGCAAACUUUAACACACCGGUCGUACUGGAUACUCCACCAAGAGGAGCGGUGAGAGAAGAGCAAGAAGAUACCUGCCUCCCACCAGCCCGCGUGUCGUAAACAGUGUGAAACCGGCGUCCAAGCUCCGUGCGGUAAAGUUCGGAAAAGUCGGCUAACGCAGAAGCUGUCCGGUAGUACACCGGUGCUGACGCGUUUCGAGAAGUCGCGAGUGGUUUGUUUUUUAGGUGAAACACCCACAUCGUCGAUACUCCAUACGCCUGGCCUGUAACAGUUCGCCGAGCGUGAAAGUGUUAAGGAAAAGUCAGCAAACGAAAAAUGAAUAUCCCGUGCAAACGUGCAGUGAAAAGUGUCACAUGCCCGAAAUCCACGCACAGUUCUGACAUUUUUUGUGGUUUUUUAAACAACGCAACGGACCGGAUCGUUUCGUACCAGUAGUGGCAGAAGCGCUACACUUUGAGACGGAACGCCACGCUGCCACGACCCAACCACACACAAAAAAAUGCUAAUCGAACUGUCCAACUUUAGUGAUAAACUGCGCCAGUACAGGCUGAUACUGGAGAAGCUGACCGCCGACCAGCCCGACUAUGAGCGGCGCCGGGAAAAGUUAAGCAAACUCAGCCAACGACGGCGUUCUUCCCGGAAGCCCGAUGCGGCAGAGUGUUACAUGUGUAACGUAAACAUCGAGCUCGAAAGUACAGACAGCUUCGCAACAUGCCGCGGUUGCGAAAAACUGGUCUGCCGCGGCGAGAACUGCUGCCAGUGGGUGGAAUCGAUCGGCAUCUGGGAAUGUACCGGGUGUCAAUCGAAUCGCGUAAUCCAGCAAAAGGCGGGUGAAUGGUUGCUGAAUCAGUUGACCGCACGGUUGAAGCAGCCCGGUCCGGUAGAGCUGAAGGAAGCCAAUCUACUCGGGCUUGGUUUGGAUACCGAUGACGCGCGCAGUACGACCAGCUCCACAGUUUCGGCCAACCAGCGUAUCAAGGUGCGAGAAUUUAUCGAGGAACUGCUGUCGACCAUGCUGCACGGUCCACUGGACGAUGUUUCCGUUGGGCAGCUAAUGAAACAUGAAAGCUAUAUAAGACUUUUUCGCAAGUUCCACACACGUUUGAGCAGGUGUCUGUACAAUCUUGAACUCUCGAUCCAUCACUCACUAAUGUCGGAUCUACCGCUAUGGGAAGGUCAACAGCAGCAUCACAGCCCGAGCGAUCAGCACUUCGAGCUGAAGCAACUGAUACAGAAAAUUCUGGACCAGAUCGCGAAGCUGCCGGAGCUGCUGAACCACAGUGGCCAUCCGUUACGGCCGGAAGAGCAUCUGCCGUACUUCGAUCCGAAGAAGUACGAGCAGCUGUUGGCCACUGCGGUGCUUAAUAAGGUAGUGGACGACUAUCGGAAUCCGAAAAACUUCACUAGCAGCGGUGACGUGGCAGGCAAAUCGACCGGGCCCGCUACAGCGUACGGCACGGUUGACAUCAACCACAAUCAGCUGUCCGCGGAGGGCAGCCAACCGGGUUUGCUGAGCAAAGAAACCCUCCGACAGAUGUCCGUUACGGCCGACGACGUCCAUUUGCACGAAGGCAUUAGCUACACGGCCCCCGGUGAACGACGGCUCUCCGAUACGGACGAAUCGUACCUAAGCGAUUACAUCCAGCGACACAAAGUGCCCCUGCCCGACCUGUCCGACACGACCGGGUCCGGAUCCGGCGCCGAAGACGACGAUCUUCAAUCGCUCAAAUCGAACGCGACCGAUGGUACGUGGGAGGAGAAUUGGCUUUUCCGCAAACGGCAACUGAAAACGACCGAAUCGUCGAUCGCCAUGCUUGUGCCAUCGCCGACGGAGGAAGUGAAAGCGCUGAUCGGCGACAAGAAUGCGGACGAGAUCAGCGAUCUGUCGGAGGCGGGUUCGGACUGUGAGGGGUACGAGUCGGAUGGAAACGUGAAUGCGGGAGCAGCUGUCCCAAAGCCGGCGCUAGUGGCGGCAUCGAGCAGCAUUAAGGACACGAGCGAAGGUAUUUCAUCUUCGUCCAAAAUCCGAGAUUCACUUGAAGAGCAUCUGGCGCCGGACAGUCUCGUGUCGAUCAACUCACUGCCGGUCAAUGAGGAGGCCCUGUCGGAAGCUACCAACAGUCAGCUGCUGGCGGAACAGUCGACCCAAAGCCACACUAAUGGUACGGCCGGACUGCUGAUCGAUGAUCUGAUCAGUAUGGAACCGGUGGCGGAUAAGGUGGAAACUACCAAUCCGGCCAUUACCAAUCCCUUCCUGGACGAUGCGUUCGAGCCGAACAAUAACGUCAUUACGGACGAUGUGAAGUUACUGCAGCGAACCGAGGCCGGUGACAAUCGUUCCGCCACCGAAUCCACCAGCAACGGUUACGGUGAUCGAAAAGAAAUCCCAAUAGAUCGAGCACAUCAACAACCACAACCACAAGACACGCAUACGUAUAAUUCUCCAUCAAAUCCCGUAGUAAACGUAGCAGACACUAAUAGUACUAAUAGCAGUAGCGAUAGUAGUGGUGAUAGCGUAGCGGAUAGUACAACCGGUAAUGGUGCUAGUGCAGAUAAUCCACCCGGUAAUGUAGACGGUAGCAGGAGUACUAACAAACCUGAGUGUUUCAAACAACCGAAAGUGUCGCAACAACUGCUGCUGCUGGACAACCUGUCACCGCCGGACUCUCCGGUACAGCAGGUCCUGUCGCCCCAUCCGAUCAUGAUGACGAUAACGGAUGUGUUCGAUCGGCUCGCAAACAGUUCCCCGCUGACGGCGAUCUCCGAAGAGCUACCACCGGCAAUGCUGCACGAUGUAGUUGAAUCCGAGCCACUGCAAGAGUCCUCACUGGUUGAGAGUUCGCUGGAAGCUAUCACCGAAGAGAGUUCUCUUCCGGGCGAAGUAACACAAACGAUCUUGUCGCCAGCGGAUAGUGUACAAGUGAAACAGAAUGACGAGGACGAAUAUGGCGAAAAUAGCUCUCCAUUAACAGAUAUUUCCGAGGAACAACCACCAGCAAUGUUGAACGAUUUAGCCAAAACAGAACCAGUGCCAGAAAAAUCUUCCAUUCUAAGUUCGUUGGAAGCCUCCAUACAAGAGAGUACUCCUUCGGGUGAAGUUAAACAACCGAUCCUAUCUCCGGAAGAUAGUGUCGAAGUGAAACGGGAUGAUGAGGAUGAGUAUGGCGAAAACAGCUCCCCACUGACAGAUAUUUCCGAGGAACAACCACCAGCAAUAAUGCGCGAUGUAGUCGAAACAGAGCCACCACAAGAUACCUCAUUAGCCGAAAGUUCGCUGGAAACCACCACAGAAGAGAGUUCUCCUUCGGGUGAAAUAAAACAACCGAUCCUGUCCCCAGCAGAUAGUGUCCAGGCGGAACAGGAUGAUGAGGCCGAAUAUCGCACGGUAUCGGAGGCUACCAACAACAGCCUACUGUUGGCGGAAUCGUUCGAUGGACUAGAAUCGUUCGAUACGUACGAGCCGGCAAACGAUGCCAGCUUGCUCACUGGGCAGGACGAUGAGUUUUGCUCGUUAAUGGAUGGAAAUGGUUCUGAUCGCACGACGGAAGCAUCACCCGAUUUGCUACAGAUUCGUGAAACUCCACCCGCCGCACUAUACGUGCCCAAUCACGAGCAGUUGGAAUUUGCUGAGCAGCUACAUUCACUCGAACAGCCAACUCUACCCGCCAAGGCGGAUCCAUUUGAAGCUUCGGAGGAAGAUAAAUCGUCUCGAAUAACGCUUCAGCCCGAUUUGGUAACGUUCGACAAUAAUGCGCCCAGUCCGGAAGGUCCUCCAGGGAUUGGAGCCGUAACGGAGCAGAUGCGUGCGUACUGUGAGGAACUGAAAGGUCUUUUAAACCAUUCUGCAGAAGUGUACGAGGAGACUUUCCCACCACCAAUGGAACCGACAGAUCAGUGGGAAAUGGUAGAGUCGCCCGAAGUUCCCGAUGCUCUUGCAGCGUUCCAGGAAGAGUUGCAGACUGCCGCCAACGAUCCAGCACAAACGGAAGUUCGCCCGUGUAGUAAUCAUUCCAUUCGCGAUGAGCCUCUCGUGGAGCUGGAUGAGUGCUUUCCACUUCCCUUCGAAGUAGUUGGUUUGCAGAUGGCUGAAUACAGUGACAGUUUGAAGAACAUCGAAUACGUACAGGAAGCAAUUUUGAUGGAUGAAGAAACGGUCCCACUGGUGGAGAGUUCCAUCGGGACGGAAGACGGAUCACCUCAAGCGAUACUUGUGUCCUCACCGGACCUUCCACCACCGAUGGUGACCGUGUUGCACACACCAUCCACCGAGCAACCUUCCACGACCGUAACGAUCACAACAGAAGAUCCUGCGUACGAGGACCCAUCCACAAACACCGACGAAACGAUGCUUGCAUCGAUCGAGUCCCGCUCGGAGUCGAAGAUCGAGGACACCAGCAUGCCAUUCAGUGACAGCGAGCUUCCCUCCCUCUCAUCGCCAUUUACGUCUUUCUCUACCAACCUCACCUUCACCAACACCUCUACCAUUAACAAUUGCAUGUCAACUAACCUCACGGAACAGGCAUCGCCACCUAACAGCAUUGACACUAACCAAUCCUCGAAUAGCAAUGAAAGUAUCGUAUGCGAACCUUCUCCAGACACACCGGAACUGGAGAAAACGCACGACGACCAAAUGGAAAACGUCGCUGACACUUGUUCGAUCGUUGCAGCACAAAAAGAAUCCGACCAGCAAAGGACAGAUGGAGGUGACGAUCAGACGGCAGAUCAAGAUGCGUCCUUGGAUACGGCGGACACACUGAUACCGGGAUCGAUUGCCGAACGGGAGCACAUGAAGUGGCGCAACGCUAAGCCGAUCGCCAACAAUCCUUACUCUCCAGAUGCGCUACAGCGUCGAUUAUCGGAAAAGAGUCGCCCGACUAGCAUGAUCGAGAUCGAUCGGUUAGUGAGGAAGGAAGCGACACCGGUAGCGGGCGACACUGGAGUACUAAUGGAUGACGAAAGUGCACCCAAAGAGCCCACGGAUUCUGGCACAGAAAAUGAUCGCUCGUUACCAUCGGUCACUGGUGGUGUGCUAGCGGAAAAGAAGAAGAUCGGUCGGGAAUAUUACAUCAAUGAUCCCGAGCGUCUUCGUGCGGGCGGUGCACCAGUCAAACAAACUCUUGGCGUUCAGCAGCAGCAGCAGCAGCAGCAAUCGCACAGUACCGACGAUGAGAAAUCUCUUCUGCUUGGACGUAAUCUGGACGAUGGUGCGCAGUUCCAGCAAAAGCUCUCACCGGAUCCAUCCAACGGCAGCUCAUUGUACCGAUCGAGCAGCUUCGGCAAGCAGCGCGAUCCUAGCGCGGAAGAUAUCUUUGCCGCCCGUCCCAUACAGGUGACCGCAGAUGAUCCGAUCCUGAAGCAAGGUACCAAGGUGAACAACCUUAGCACAGCCGCCCGCGAGAUCUAUCUCGUUCCGCUCGAACCGGAACCGCAUGGUUCGCUGAUGAGUACAUCGUCCGAGCUAAGCUCCGUCAACUCACCAACCUCGUCCACCGCACGCCCCGAACUGGACAGCCUUACGUACAGUGAAGAUUCGGACGUAACACGCAUCUACGAUCUAACGACCGGUGAGGCGAAAGUUGUCCGUGCGAAUCAAACCGAAUCAAUGCACGAUACCAUUCUGCAAAUACUACCUCAAUCGACACCCGAGCACAGUACUAGUCAGCCGGUGCCAGCAGGCACCGCCAACGUAUCCUCCCUCAAGUCUCAGCUAUCGUCCAGUGAGGAUCGUCCGCGACGAUCACCCUUCCCAGUGAAACCACUGUCGCCGGAAACAAUCAAAUUCUUCGCACCGAAACGGAAGCUAAGCUUUACCGGUAGCACGAACAGUUUGGUGAGCGAGACGGCUAAAGGAGGAGCAGCCAGUGAGCAGGGUACUACGCAUGUACUGCCCUCGAUGCACUCGUCCCUUCACAUUGACUACCCUGCGUCGCGCACCGUCACCGGGUGCGAGUUUGCGAUCAUCGAGAAGGAUGUGAUCGAUGUGUUGCCAUCGGUGAAGGAGCUGGCCAAGUGUUACAGCGGCAGUACGAGCGACGUUUCGUCGAUGCCACCCAAACCACUGUACAAACCGAGGAUCAAGCUUAGAAAGGACUUUAUCCGCCAGUCGUCCGAUGUGCUGAACGAGGAAGGAAUGCCUAGCGCCGGAUCGAAGGGCCAACGGCAGUACAGCAGCACGAGCAGCAUUGCGGUGCGGGACGAAAUUCGGGAGAUUCGGAAGCUCAAUCUGGAGGCGUACCGACAGUCCACGUACUACCCGAUGGCACCGGGCCAUAGCAUAACGGCGCGCAGCCUGUCCAAACAGAUCCGUGAGCAUAAGGCCAACAACGUAACGGAUGACCAUAAGGUGGGCCAACAGGAGGAGGAACCGCUACCGGUGGCUGACGGUGGUAUGAACGGUGAAGGGACGAGUGAAAGUAAUGGUGACGAUGGCCAUACAUCACCGGAACGUCCUGGCAGCCCGGUCCUACUUCCGGGCCAUCUGAAGUCUAGUAUACAGUUUUUCGAAAAUCUUCGGAACAAAUCGUAAACUCUUAUCUGGACAGUUCUGGAACCCGGCAGCACCCGUCACCGGUUGGUGAGGAAAUCCAACCCAUCUUAUCCCCCCGAGGAAAAAGAAAAGCGAGAGAGUGAGAGUCGUUGUGCCAUUUUUUUUAAAAGUCGCCUAGCGGGAUAAAGCAUUAAUAAGGCUCCACACGCUCCUAAAGUCCGUGGAACUUCAUUUAGUCAAGUAGUGUUUCAUUUACAUCAAACAUACACCUUCACAACAUAUUCCUCCCCUCCUUCCAUCUUCCCCCUGCUUCCUCAUUAUCGCUCAUGCUUUUCGGUAGCAUUAAUCCCGGCGGGUUUUAGGAUUAAAUGGCUGUGCGCACGUGCGCUUGGCCGGGGCCAUCUUGUUUCCUCUCGUCCCAGUGGCGACUAUUUUCAAGACCCAGUGAUUUCUAUCCAUCGUGCUUUGUGCAAAGGACAGCCCCUACGAAUUGGGAUGUAGGAUUGAAGGAAGAACAACACACACAGACAACACCCAAACACCCACAUCGGCACACACACAGAGGAUUAAUUUAUUAUUGGCAAAAACGCUUUGAAACGCUUCACGGUUGGUUGUACAGAGAGAACCGUCGUUCGAAAAUAUUACAUAUUUUAAAAGUUUUCAUUUCAUUUUUAAUACUCCAUUUCAUUAUUUUGUUUUCACUUUUCUUCUUUGUUUAGCAAUCAUUUCAUUCGAUUACUGUUAUGUUCAUGCACUGCUCAUUACACUACUUUCUUUUUUAUACGUUCCUUUCUUUCCUGCAUUUACCAUUUGCAAGAGCAGUGUGCUUGCCUGUUAUCACAAGUAGUUCAUUCUCAUCUUAGCGAAUAAAGAUGAAUUUAUGGAUUUGAUGGAAAAUAAAGCAUUGAAAAAAUACAAA